AUGGAACAUUUUUCAAUCGAAGAACGAAGAAGUUUUAUGAAAGAAGAAAUGGAAGUUUUUGUAUCGAAAUUGGAUACUAGAACAAGCGAACAAUUUAAUUCUGCGCUUCAGAAAGCUAUUAUUGAAAGCCUUCUUGAUGGAACUGUUUUCCCGAUUGUUGAGUCUCUUGCUGACUUGCAAAAUAUGACUGAAAGGCAAUUAUUUGCAAAUAGGCAGCAACAGCUGAUUGAAUUGCAGUCUGUUCCGGAUCUUGACACACGAAUGCGACUCAUCGAUAUGGACAUCGUUUACGAGCUUGAUAAAAUAACAACUCAACAGCAAGAUACGUUAGCACGAGCUGGAGUGCCUGGAUUUCGAAUAACAAAGAAUUGCCGAGAAAUUAUACUUCAAAUGGCGAUAAUUCGAUUUAUUGUUGGUGUUCAGAAAAAAAUUCAAAAUUUAUCGAAUAUUUCUUAG